CCCUGGUCUAACAUCCACACCGCUGUUGUUGCAGCCAUUUUACCGUGGAGAGACGGCACAGCAGAGACAGGAGGAUGCCGAAAAAGCGCAGUUAAAAGGUUCAGGCAGAAGGAGAUGCUGAGGGAGAAAAUGAUCAACAGGCAAGGUCAAGUCAGCGAGAGCAACGGGAUCCAGAGGCAGAGGAAGAUCAGGUUACUACAGAGAGAAGAGGAGAGCAACCAGAUCAAGAGAGAGAAGAUGAUGAAGCAGCUGCAGCAACUCACUCCACUACAGGGUUUGAUUUAGCUGACAAAGACACAGGGCCCAGACAGGAAUAGACACAUGGCUGACGCGGCCCGAGGUCCCGCCGUUGGCAGGCCAUUGGCAUUUGCCAAUGAAGAACGGAGGGCGGUUCAUUCCUGGACCAGAAUCUCUUCAGCUGGGCACAAUGUCCUAUUGGAUGCUCUGAAGAUCCUCAGUCCGAUGUCCCGUGACCUCUCAAGCAGUGAGGAGCUGGUAACCUUCCUGCAGGAGCUUGCUGAGGAGGGCCAUAAGCCCACUGUGCUUCGUAGCAAGGACGUAUACGGCUACCGCUCCAGCACAAACCAACCCCUGACUCAAGAAAUGUUAAAAACAUCCAACCGAAAUAUCAGACCCACCGCCAAGAGACGAGGAAAAAAGCCUGUUGCCAAGAAGAGAGAGGUGCACCCUUCAUGGAACAUCUCUGACAACCCCAAGAUUCAAGGGGUUCGUCCUCCAGAUCUGCGAGUGGACCAUCGGGCCAUCAUCUGUAGCAGGACAUCCAGUCGGACUGUAGAGAUAUCGCAGGAGCUGCAGAUGCGACCCUGUCUGAGAUUGACCAACAUUGAGGGCCUGUCUCACUUUCAUACAGCGAGACUCCAGAUACACACUUCCUGGGACUCAUCCUCUGAGGCACCCUCUGUUGCUUUUUUACAGCAACAGUCCCUUCCAGCGCUUUCAGGAAUACCUUUGCAGCCUUCACAGAAUGGUGGUGGGGCUCCCACCAAAGCUGUGGCCUUGUUCAGCCAGAAGAGCCUGUCCUGCCCAAUCCGAUUGGAUGGUGCCCUUAUUGGAGAUUCUGCACCGGUCUUCUACACAAACGGACGGGCAUUCCCAGAGACUCACACAGCGAUGACCAGCAAUGGAUGGAGGAGCAAUGGCUUCCAUCAAGAUGGUCGUGGCCCCAAGGAACUAAACCAUCCGACCCGUCAGAGAAACGGUUGGAAGAACAAAAACAGUUUGAGGUGGAAAGUGAUAAAGGUGGAUGAAUCUCGCUCUGUGGCUGAUGCCCGCAGAAAAGCACAGAAGCUCCUACAGGUCAACUUAUCUCCUGUGAUUCAAAUCCAACCACUCAACCAUGUGCUAAGAGACUUCAGAUACCAGAAUAAAUGACAAUUCACCCCAAAUCAACAAACAUUGUUUUCUUUAGCAGAUGUUAGUGUAUUACAGCAUUAGCCUGUACCUGGCUGAGCCUCAGUGUUCAUAGCAGACGUCUUACAUGCGUUUUUGUUGUCUCUGCUGAGUUUUUGGAGGUAGAGAAAUCAGUCUGUCUGUUGAAACCCUGGUUCCUGACAGUGACACUUGGGAUUACAAAGCAUUUGAAGUUAGGUAAUGAUUUCUCAGCAUGCUGGGAAGUUACUGUUGACCGAAUGCUGGUACAUAUUUAUGGUCUACUUUAGUUUACGCUAACCUAUUUCAACCAACCAUCACUCUGCUUUGAGUUGACCACCUGCGCUCCAAUGUUGUCGAUGUUAUUUUUGGGAUGCAGCAUCCACUGUGACUAUAAGGUCAAAAGUGAAUUUUCCGCCCUUUAAAAGGGCAUUGGGUGCUAGAAGUUGUUUUGAAGAGUAUUUAUAACUGUUUCAUGUAUAGUGCCGUUUGUUGGGAAGUAUUUUUUACUUGUAGCACCUAAAACAGUGCUGUCUAAAUUUUAUUGGACGCCAGGAUGAACUGGUGUAUGAGCAGGGCGGGACUCAAAAGUCUUCAGAUGAGCAGACGUGGUGGUUGGUUGGUCACAGCAAAACAACUGAACUAAAGGAGGGGAAAAACCGUUUAGUUUGUCUUCCUUUUUUGUAUUUUUGUUGUCUCCACUGGAAAUCAGGAGGCUCUGAGAGCGAGUACAGCAGGGAAUCAAACCUGCGACCCAUACAGAGAUUGAUAGCUGAAUGAUUUGUUUGAACUUCAGUCCUUCACAAAGUGUUCCUUUUUGGUUAAGUAUUUUAAACUGUUUGGUGAUUUGAUUACAGGAACAUGGAAAAGGACAUUGGCCUCGUUAAAUAUUUGAAUUACCAAAACAUUUAAAGCUAUUCUGUUUAAUGAUUCUUUAAUUGCAAAAGUGUUCUCUUUAUUGGGCUGGACCUCUGAAUUCCAUGUUUUAUUAAAAAAAAAGUACAAAUAAUAUUUACUUAGCUUUUUCCCUCCAACAUUCCAUGGUGUGGCCAAGCCCCCCUCCAUAAGUUUGAUUGCAUUAUCUGAAUAAAUGUCUUUAUUUCAAAGGCAACACAUUUUGGAGCCCUGAUGAAAGACAUUUGUUUUGCCCAAUAAAAUAUGAGUGUGGUGAUAUCUGUCAACUUGAGCUGCACUUUGGUUUUCAAAACUCAUCAUAACUCAUCCGUGUGAGUCGAUGGCGAGAACACCCACACUGGUUUUCUCUACAGGUGCUAACUUCGCAACAUUGGUGCUGAGUUAAAUGACAGGCACAAGAAUGUCCUCAUGUUUCUGUUUUUGUGGUUAUAAUUGGAGCAAUUAGGAGCAGUGACUUCCUGUGAAGUAUUCAUUAAGGAGCUGAUGGCACUGCUGCCCCCUGCAGGUUGGGACAAGCAUGCCAAACCAUCCAUUUUCAUGUAAACAUUUGUGAAAAACUCCUGUGAAGUCUCCUAAAAAUAUGUCUUUCCAAUGCUUGGACUUUACCACACACCAUGAGAAUUGGGAACGUUACCAUACAGACAACUGUAAUCUUACUCCAAUCACUAGCCUUUAUCUUAAGACCAUUCAUUUACUAUGAAUUAAAGUUCUGGAAGAAGCCAGCCAGGAGACAUUGAUUUAGGAUUUGUAAUGUCAAUUCCUAUUUCUUUAAAAAAAAGAAGAUGAAAUAUAAAAUAUUGAAUUCUUAAACCACCAAAAGUACAUGUACCAGGUCAGAACACGUGGACUGUUGCAAUCAGGUUUAAAUUGGAAAUCUGAGUUUGCUGGUUUGAAGUUCAUGCAUUAUUCACAAAUUAACAAUCUGCUCUUCUGGUAAAUAUUAUGUUCUGGAAGAGUCUCUCAUCUCCCCCCACCGAUAUGUCCGUACGAGUCUUGUUCAUUCCCACUGACAAUUCCCUUCUUUCUGUUAGUCUUGUUUGUGCAACACUUGUAUCAUAAUGUAUUUCUUACAUGCUCUUUGAAAACUGUUUUUAUUCAAUAAAACUGAUCUGAAAAUAAA